AGAAUGAUAUAAAGCUUCAGUUCCAGGACUUUCAUGGAGCUUUCUCAUAUGAAAUUAAAAAGCUUUUGAAAAGCUACUAACAUCUCAACAAAAUCCAAAGCUUCUUCAAUAUACUGAGAGAGAGAAAGAGAGAGAUAAACGGCUGAUUUUUUUUUUUAUAGGAAGUGAUACAUUCCCAGCAAGCUGCUUCCGAUACAGUGAGAAUGUAGAAUUUUCUUUCUUCUGAACUGGUGGGGUCCUCUAACUUUUCUCGGUAAAUUACAGCCUAAUCAACAGCCUGUAAAAGUUGGGUUAUAUGCAGAAGCAGCUGCUACACUUAAAAAAUAUUGGUUCUUUUUUCUUGGUGACACUCGUGUUAUCUCAACUGGAUUUUUGUCUUUGAAUCCAAAAAGACUUAAACUCAAAACCCAUUUAAGGGAAUAGCUGGUUAUUUCCCAUUUUGGCUUCAUUUUUGAGGUAAGGGCGCUGAUGAAGUUUUUAUUUUUGAAAUAAAUUUUAUGUAACUUUGCAUUGUGUGGAUUAACAUUGGUGUUAGUUAGAUCUGAGGUCAGGAAAGAUAUGAACUUUGGGGGGUUGAAUUAUUGGUGUUUUUAAGCAGUUUUUUGAGGUUAUUCUUUUCGAUUUUUGUGGGAUUUUGGGAUUUCUUCUGAUCUUAGUUUACAGUUAGGCAGUGUUUUGAUGAUUUUUUGUUGAGUUGGGAUUAUUGUUAUUGAAAAAGCUGAAGAUGAAAGAAAGGAAUUGGGUGGCUUUGGUUUUAGCUGUUGUUUUGUUGAAGUUUUUGGGUUAUAGAAUUCAGGCCUCAUUCACUCCUGCUGAUAACUACUUGAUUGCUUGUGGUUCUUCACAAAAUGUCACAUUCCAAGGUAGAACUUUUGUUCCUGAUUCGAGACAUUCUUCUCUUUCAUUGAAGAGUGGAAGUUCUUUUGUUGCUAGUUCUAAUUCUAGUGUUCCAUCUCCAAUAUAUAAAUCGGCUCGAAUUUUCUCUGGAAUUGCUUCUUACAAGUUUCAUAUCAAGCAAGAAGGUCGGCUUUGGGUCCGGCUCUAUUUUUAUCCUCUUCCUAAAUCGGGCCAGAACUUGACAUCUUCUCCAAUAACAGUUGUUACUGAUGAUAUUGUGCUCUUGAACAACUUCACUUUCAAGAACUAUAAUGGUUCUUUUUUGUUCAAGGAGUAUGCAAUCAGUGUGACUUCCAAUACCUUGACCCUUACCUUCAUUCCUUCAAACAAUUCACUUUCGUUUGUUAAUGCAAUCGAAGUUGUCUCCAUCCCAGAUGCAGUCUUGCCUGACCGGGCAUUAUCAGGUCUGAAUCCAUCUGCUUCUAUUAGUGGUCUUUCUUCUAGUGGUCUUUCAGAAUUUGCCAUGGAAACUGUUUAUCGGUUGAACAUGGGUGGGCCAUUGAUCACUGCUCAGAAUGAUACCCUUGGAAGAACUUGGGAGAAUGAUGUGAAAUAUCUCCAUGUAAACAGUUCUGCCCUGAAUGUUUCGGUCAAUCCAGCUUCUAUCAAAUACACAGCUUCCAUUACAGCCGAAACAGCACCAAAUUGGGUCUAUGCGACUGCUGAAGCCAUGGGAGAUGCAAAUGUACCCGGCAUGAACUUCAAUGUGACUUGGGUCUUUCCUGUUGAUCCAAACUUCCAGUAUUUUGUUCGGGCACAUUUUUGUGAUAUCUUGAGUCAGUCUCUCAACAUUCUGGUUUUCAAUCUAUACAUAAAUGAUGAUAUUGCAUAUGCAAGUCUUGACCUCUCAACAUUGACUGGCGGCCUAAACGUCCCUUAUUAUAAGGACUUUGUCUCCAAUUCUUCAGCAGAAUCUGAUACUUUGACUGUUAGUAUUGGUCCGGAUUCAAUGGCAGACACCACUAAUGCAACACUGAACGGAUUGGAGAUUUUGAAACUCAGCAAUGAUGCUGGAAGCCUGGAUGGGCUUUCUUCUGUUAAGAAUCUCCUUCCAAGAUCAUCCUCGAGGAAGAACAAUAUAGGGAUGAUAAUUGGUUGUCUUGCUGGAGCUGUAGCACUGGUAAUGGCAUUAAUUGGAUUCUGCUUUUGUUGCCUGGCAUCAAGCAAGUCAAAAACUACUCAUCAAGGACAUCAUCCAUGGUUGCCUUUGCCCUUAUAUGGAAACUCUCUUACAAUGACCAAAAUGUCCACAACAUCACAGAAGAGUGGAACAGCAAGCUGCAUCUCAUUGGCUUCCUCCAGUCUGGGCCGGUUCUUCUCCUUCCAAGAAAUCCUAGAUGCUACAAACAAAUUUGAUGAGAGCCUACUUCUUGGAGUUGGUGGUUUUGGAAGGGUCUACAAGGGAACACUUGAAGAUGGGACUAAAGUUGCUGUCAAAAGAGGUAACCCCGGAUCUGAACAAGGUCUUGCUGAAUUCCGCACUGAAAUUGAAAUGUUGUCAAAACUUCGCCAUCGCCACCUUGUCUCUCUUAUUGGGUACUGUGAUGAAAGAUCAGAAAUGGUUCUUGUUUAUGAAUAUAUGGCUAAUGGACCCCUUAGAAGCCAUCUUUAUGGAACAAAUCUACCACCUCUGUCAUGGAAGCAACGACUUGAAAUAUGCAUUGGAGCUGCUAGGGGACUUCAUUAUCUCCACACUGGUGCAGCCCAAAGCAUUAUUCACCGAGAUGUGAAGACAACAAACAUUCUCUUGGAUGAGAAUUUUGUAGCCAAAGUAGCAGAUUUUGGUCUCUCAAAAACUGGUCCAGCUUUAGAUCAGACACAUGUGAGUACUGCUGUUAAGGGUAGCUUUGGUUACCUUGAUCCUGAAUAUUUUAGAAGGCAGCAACUCACAGAAAAGUCAGAUGUGUAUUCAUUUGGGGUGGUUCUGAUGGAAGUUCUCUGCACUAGGCCGGCUUUAAAUCCUGUUCUUCCCAGAGAACAAGUUAAUAUUGCAGAAUGGGCAAUGAGCUGGCAGAAGAAAGGUAUGUUGGAUCAAAUCAUGGAUUCUAAUCUGGUGGGGAAAGUGAAUCCAGCUUCUCUUAAGAAGUAUGGAGAGACAGCUGAGAAGUGCCUGGCUGAGCACGGCAUUGACAGGCCAACUAUGGGAGAUGUUUUAUGGAACCUUGAAUAUGCUCUUCAGCUGGAGGAGACCUCAUCAGCCCUAAUGGAACCUGAUGAUAACAGCACAAACCAUAUCCCUUCCAUUCAUUUGGCACCACUCGAGCCAUUUGAUAUCAGUGUAAGCAUGAUCAAUGGGGGAAAUUCUGGCACUGAUGAUGAUGCUGAAGAUGCUGCUACUAGUGCAGUAUUUUCACAGCUAGUAAAUCCUCGUGGAAGGUAGAUGACAAUUGAUCCUGCCUUGUUGUGAUUUUAGCCAUUGAACAUCCUGCUGAGUUGUCCUUGCCCUGAGAAUACUUGGAAAUAUCACAAGAGACUGAAUUAAGGUUUUUUCUUAUUACAAUAUUCUGUUCUUUUUCCUCAAAUUUUCUAUCAUAAUAUAUUUAGUUUGUAAUGUAGUUGAGUGAUGGCCACCGAACAAUCCAUUAGAAAAUCGAAUUUAACGUACCAUAAAUAUUCCAUCAUUGUUGAUUUAAUUCAUCUGGGUUCCAAAUGCCCAUAUUAGUACUACACAGUUACCAGAUAAGGAAUAUCAUAUUC